CCACCAAACCAUGACAGAACUGAGCAUCAGUGGACAGCAGGUGCUGCCGCAGCCACCACCACCACCACCCGCGAUGCCAGAACCCUUCAGGAUCACCACGAAUGCCCCGCACCAGAUAAACGAUGCGAGUGUGACACCCGGAAGAAGGAAGCUGCAGAAGUGGCUGGGUCGUGUCCUCCGGAUCGUAAUCACCGAUGGCCGCGUCCUGGUAGGAUUCUUCAACUGCACCGAUCGGGAUGCCAACAUCGUGCUGUCCAUGUGCGCCGAGUACCUGGUGGAGGGCCAGGAACCCAGGCUUUUGGGCAACGUCAUGGUGCCCGGAAAGCACAUCGUCUCCCUUUCCAUCGACGAACCGGAUCCGCAGUCCAGUCUCCUUGUGCAAUAGUUCUCAGUCUGUUCCUAGAUCAUUUAAUGUUAAUAAAGCUGUAGAAAUACAUUUUUCACGUUA